AUGUUCAAGAACACACAGUCAAAGAUCCAACAGGAGACUCCCAAAGCCAACAUGUUGAAGAAGUUUGGUGGAAAUUUUAGAAAGGCGUUCUCCAAGAAGAAGCAGCCUGCGGCCCAAAUGGCGUGUGAAGCCCAUGUUCAGGAUGUCCAGCCUGAAACAAAAGCACUGCCGAAUCUCACUGCAGAGGUGACUGAAUUGCCAUCUACAGAGAAUAGGCCAGAUUUUGCUCCAACACAUGUUGGUGUUGAUGAAGAAAUGCAAGUCUGGGACAACACCUCUCAAGAGCUCGCAGCAGCUGGGGCACGGGACCGUGCUGUCAACUCUCUUAGACCGGUGUCCCAAGAGGCCCAAAAAGAGGCCCCACUACAGGAUCCUGUGGGAAUUGCGACAUCGGCUCCAUGUGGAGUGACACAUUCUUCAAGCUCUGGAAACUCAACACCAACCUCCAUGGACGGGCUCAACACUGACCGCAACACCCUUCGUCGGUCUAAUAGUGUACCACCUUCGUCCUCGUCGCCCGCUACGGGAGCCUCGAGUGAUACCCUUUACAAUACGCCCCGCCACUCAGACACAUCCCCACUCCCUUCCCUCAUCAAGUUCCAUCAAGCUGUGGACGAGCAUAGAGGGUCGAGCGGAAAGUGCCAGAAGGCACUUGCCGAAUAUCUCAACAGCGGAGAAACGGAAAAGGCGGACACGGAAUGGGCGGCUCUUGUGGAGUGGAUCAAAAUCGGCCAUCAAGCCGAGGUCAACAACCUUGAGACAGAACACGCUGCAAAGGUUGAGAAACUACACCAAGAGCGUAGCGAGGCACGUCGACGUUUGGAGCUGCGAAACCGUGAGCUCAGAGCCAUGAAGCGGGAAAUGAAAGAUCUCAAGGUGUCUCUUGAGGAGACAAACAAGGUUCAAAAAGAGAUCCAGCCAGGCCUCAACCCUGAAUCAGCUGAUGGUUCUGAUGCAGAGAGCGUGGACGAGGACGAAGGUGGCGUUGAUCUGUCUGCCAAUAAUGUUGCACCCACCAACGCGGCCGAAGACUCUCGUGGAAUGGCUGUCGGCGGAGUGAAAGAUGCAGACCGCGGUCGCAACUAUGCCAAGGACGACAAACAAGAAACCAAGGAGCCCAGAAAUGAGACAGCGAAAGACAAUCGAGAGCACCAGAGAGCGCUGAAGCAGCAACUGCUGGAAGACUCAGCACCUGAAUUCACAGAGUCACAGACGGGCGCACAAGCCGUGCAGCCAGCAGCUAUUGGGGAAUUCGAAACCAGCAACGCGCAGCAAGCCAUGAUCGAUUUUGAUGGUGACAACCAAGAAAGAUUGAUAGACGUCAAGGAGCUCCAGGACUACAACAGAGCCCUAAAAGCUAAUUUGGCUUUCACGCGCGAAGUGAUUGGACACCUGACCACGGAAGCAGAAUCGGCGAAGGGAGAGAUCAACAAUUUGAGAGGCGAAAAUCACUUCGCCCAGCUCGAAGUGGGCCACUGCAACGCGGCCAACGCGUAUUACCGUGCUGCAGCCGAGGAUGAUAAUCCAGCUCGCACAGCACAUAUUGAUGGACUGUUGAAGCGAAAGGAUGAAGCGCACGCCGAGCUUGAGAGGCGUGCUGCAGAAUGUGCUGUGGAGCUCGCGGAGGAGAAAAUGGAGAGAGCUGUUGACGACGUCUACUCCGCUAGACAUAUUCAAGGCUUGAAAAAAGAGUUGGCCCACCGCGUCAACAUGAUCAGAGCUUUGACUGAAGGCAAAGCUAUUCUGAAACAACAGAAUGAUGAGAUCCUUCGAAUGUUCAAGGGCAAGAUUCUCCAAAAUGAUACCGUCAAGGCUUUCCUACACGACAACGACACCAUCCAAAAAGACAACGCGCUGCUGAUCAAAAUGAUCAACGAGCGCCACUGCUACGUCCUAGAGGCCGAGAAGGGAAUCGCCGACCUGAAAGCCGAGAAGAUCAUGGACGAGCACACCGCACAGGCCGACAGACUGAAGCAACGCCAACUGCAACAGAGCCUGAACGGCCUCACAUACAUCAACCACCAUCUCAACACCAAAGUCGAAAUCCGCGAAGAGAUGCACGAGGAGCUGAAAGAACAACUCGAACGCCAAUUAUCGCAGCAAGCGGACGAGAUCCAGCGCCUCCUCGCCCACGGCGCCGACGACGAACUCACGCGACGCCUCCACAGCCAGAGCGGUCAGAUCGCCUUCCUCGACGCCGAACUGACGCGGGCGCACAGCCUCGCGCAGCAGUGGCGGCUGCGGGCCGUGGAGCUGCGCGGCGAUUUCUGCCCGCUGUACAACGGCGACGAAGUGGGCGACUGGGACGCGGAGGAGACGCGGUGGCGUCUGGUCCAUGCGGAGCGGCAGAACGCGGACUUGCAGCGGGCGGUGAGGCGGUUGGAGCGGGAGGGGAGGGGUGCGAGGGUUCUGGAGCGCGAGCACGAUGGGUCGAAGUGGCUCGGGGAUAGGGCGGAGGCUAGGAGGGAGAUGGAGAGGGCGAGUGGGAUGGAGUGA